AAAUUGUAAUAAUAAACAACUAUUUCAAAUUACAUCAGCACGAUAACCUUUCUUAUCACGAUCUCAGCACAUUUGACUUUUGAGUCUCCCGCCAACUAGUGCGGCCUUCAACUCGAUUCAUAUUUUCACUGACACUAGUCACUUGUCAACUUAUUGCGGCGUUCGGACUUAUUUACGAAAAUAUUCUAAAAAUAUAAUAAAAUCAAUAUGUUUUCGAUUGACGCACCGCCGGAGUUACAAAAUACUGAAUUUUGUAACUAUAGAUCGCCGUUGAGCACUCGAUAUGCGUCCAAAGAAAUGCAAUACAACUUUAGUGACCAAAAAAAAUUCUCUACGUGGAGGAAAAUGUGGAUUUACUUAGCAAAAGCAGAAAAGGAGCUGGGUCUCGACAUAACAAACGAUCAAAUAGCCGAGCUCGAGUCCGCAGUCCACGAUAUUGACUUCACUUCCGCUGCAGAGCACGAAAAGCGUGUCCGUCAUGACGUCAUGGCGCACGUCCACACGCUUGCAGAGCGAUGCCCCCGCGCCGCGCCCAUCAUACACCUUGGAGCCACUUCGUGCUAUGUUGGCGACAAUACAGACCUGAUUGUCCUAAGAGAUGGCUUGGAUCUGUUGCUGCCACGGUUGGCUGCUGUUAUCAGUCGGCUUUCCAAGUUCGCUGAUGAGUACAAAUCUCUACCUAUCCUGGGCUUCACCCAUCUACAGCCGGCUCAAUUGACAACCGUAGGAAAGCGAGCGUCCCUAUGGCUCAGUGACCUUCUAAUGGACGAGCGCGCCUUGUCACGCGCGAGAAACGACCUCCGAUUUCGCGGAGUAAAAGGCACUACGGGGACCCAAGCUUCAUUCAUGCAACUGUUCAAAGGUGAUGGUGAAAAAGUAAAAGCUCUUGAUAAAAGAGUCGCUGAACUUGCUGGAUUUGACAAACGGUACAUUGUCACUGGUCAAACAUACUCCAGAAAAGUUGACUUAGAAGUCGUAGCAGCUAUAUCAGGCUUAGGAGCGACAGUACAUAAAAUGUGCUCUGAUAUUCGUAUUCUGGCGUCACGUAAAGAAUUGGAGGAGCCAUUUGAAGCUUCCCAGAUUGGUUCGAGCGCUAUGCCGUAUAAGAGAAAUCCUAUGAGAUCGGAACGCUGUUGUGCUCUUGCGCGUCACUUGAUCACACUGUACGCUAACGCUGCUAAUACGCACGCAGUGCAAUGGAUGGAGCGUACUUUAGACGAUUCAGCAAAUCGUCGUCUAACUCUUGCAGAAGCAUUUUUAGCCGCUGAUGCAACUUUGUUAACUCUACUUAACAUAUGCCAAGGACUUGUGGUAUACCCAAAAGUUAUAGCCCGUCAUAUUGACCAAGAACUUCCGUUUAUGGCCACUGAAAACAUUAUAAUGGCUAUGGUGCAAGCUGGUGGUGAUCGUCAAAUUUGCCAUGAAAAGAUAAGAGUCCUCUCUCAUGAGGCUGGAGCAGUCGUAAAACAGGAAGGAAAGGAUAAUGAUUUAAUCGACCGAGUUAAGAGUGAUAAAUACUUUGCACCUAUUAUAAAUCAACUCGAUAAAAUUUUGGAUGCAUCGACAUUUAUUGGCAGAGCGCCAGAACAAGUAAUUGAGUUCCUAGAUGAAGAAGUUGUUCCUAUUCUACAGAAGUACAAAGACUCAUUGGUUUUGGUAGAAAAACCAGUGUCCUUAAUGAUUUAAUAAUGUUAUAACCGAUUUUAUUAUUUGACGAAACAAUUAUUAUUACUAUUACAAUUAAUAUCUGAAUAUUAUAAGCUAUUUGGAUUUAUAUUGAAAUAAUACGACAUGAUAAAUGAAUAAAUGAUAUAUUUACA